AUGGAUCCCGGCUGGUUCGUCCUCUGCCUCGCUCUCCUCCUCGAGUGUGCGCUCGUCGGACUGCUCAUCUUACCGAUCCGAGGCCUGCUCAACGAGUGGGUGGUCUCUCUGCUCUCGAACCAGGGCGUCAAGUACGCCGGCUUUGCGAUCCUACUGCUGGACGCCUACUAUUUUGCCGGCACGAUGGACGCGCUCUCGAACCCGCUCGUGCACGUGGGCAUCGUCGCCUCGCCGAUCGACGACGUGAUCCUGUCGUGCGAGGUCGGCCUCGAAAAAUUUCGGAACGAGCGCAACGCCUACAUCACCGGCUUCUCGCUCUUCAUGUUCCUCGUGCUGCGACGGCUCACCUCCAGCCGCGGGCUCGUCGACAUCCAGAGCCAGCUCUUCCACGCGCGCGAGACAAACAAGCAGAGCAGUCGGGUGCCCGUGGGCAAGCCGGUGGAGGAGAGCGGCAAGCCAAAGCGCUACUGA